CACAUUCAUUCGGAGCUCCUUUAGCUUCUUCUGUUGUAGAUAUGAAGCAUUAACCUCAUUGAAUGAAAACUCGGAGUCAAGGUCGGCGGGUUGUAUGGGGCGAGUGCACUUUGAGGUCUAAAAGGAUAUACUUUUCCGAGUGUCGAUGGAGCGAGCAGAAUACAGUCAGAGAUUGACGGGGCCAGUCGUGUAGCGCCAUUCAGGAUAUUAUCACCGUUGUUUACAUAAAAGGAAGUUUUAUACAACCUGAACUAGAGGAUAUCUUAAAUAGUGAUAUAUUCAAGAUAUAUUCACAAGGAAAAUUUUAUUUAACACUAGGGUCAUGGACCUUGGACACGAGAAAGGGUCUGUCUGUACCUGUCAUCCAGUGUCCUACAGUAGCAACACACUGGAGAGACUUCUUGUCCAUGGACCGGAAUCUUACAGUUCUUUCUACAACAAUCACAGACAAUCGCCAGCAUAUAACAAGACAAGCAUGGACAACAUACAGGGUUUAAGUCAUGUUGGACAAAACAAUAGACACAACACAACACUCCAAAGUGUUUUGUUGGGUCAGGUGCCUGCUGAAUAUUCUCAUUUGGCUUCCACUCAAAAUUCCAUACGAGAUGUGCUAUCUCCAAAUGUACCUCAUCAAAGUCUCACCUCAAACAACAUCUCAACUUUAAGGAUUCCAAGUUUCCAUGACAACGCAUUGCCGUCAACUUCCCCACGUCAUAUUCCGUCUCCACAUGUUCUGACGUCAUCACCCCAUUCGCCUUCACCACGUCACAUCAUGGCAUCAUCGCCUCAUUGCAGACUCUCUCCUGCACAUACGACGCCACCAAGGCACAUGUCGUCACCAUCUGAAUACACUACGUCACCUCGACAGCAUGUCCCAUCACCCUUUUCAACCAAUUCCGCCUGUUCACCAUUCAACCCAUCCGAAUCUUGCCAACAAGAACCUAUAGAUCUGUCAUGUAAAACCUCCAGUAAUGAAGAUAGUGACAGUGUUAUGUCAGAAUCUCCAAAAUCGGAUGCUGGUUCAUCCCUGUUAAGGAACCUCCUUAGUAUUGGCAAAAACUUGGAAAUGGACGAACGUUGUCCCAAUAGCAGUAUGGAGUUCGAUUCCUCUGCUACAACAGCCAUCUCGAGCAACACACGUGUAACAUUAGCCAAGAAAAACAUGUUGCCGGUCAGUUCCCGUGUCUCAGACUGGUUAGUGAAAAUUGUUCAGUUCUCUAAGUCCAUUCCUGAAUUUCAGAACUUGUCACACAAUGAUAAGGUUACACUGAUUCUGAAUUCCUGGACAAGGUUACUUUUGCUGUACAUGUCGGAGAGCAACUUCCAGUUUGCAGUCACCCCAACACACAGUGGGCGAACUCCAGAAGAAGAUUCACUAUCCAGCACCCCGACCCCAGACACUCCUACAAUGAAAUCGGUGGAAAGUGUGCAAAACUUUGUUAAGAAAUGUCAAAAUAUGAACCUAGAUCAGAAAGAAUAUGCAUUCCUACGAAUGGCCGUCCUUUUCAAUGCAGGUUACGUUGGACUGGACAGACCAAGUAUGGUUGACCAACUGAACUCCCUGAUACAGCAGCUUUUGCAAGAACACGUCCGAUUGGUCCGACCCACUGACGUCAUGCAUUACUCUCGGUUAUUGCUGCUACUCCCUGCCUUAUAUGGUAUCAACUGUAAAAUGAUUGAAAACCUCUUCUGUGGACACAUAAAUGGAAAUAUGGAUAUGGAAGUGCUGCUUAAAGAAAUGAUACAAAAUUUGUGAUUGGAUGGAAAGACAAAAACUCUGAUUGGACAAACAGCCAUGGUACAAUAUUCGUGAUUGGAGGAUAAUCUGAUAAAGACCUUUGUUUGUCUAUCCAUGGUUCUGAAUAUAGUAUAGGACAAAGACGUUGUUUAUGAACCAUGAGAACACUUAAGAGCGAGCACAGCAGAAAAAAAACUGUGGGUGAAACGUCUCGUGAAGUUAAAGAAAGACUAUCGCCAUACGAUACAAGUCGUCUGUAAAACGAUGUAUUUAUCUCAGAAAGGAGGCCAAAACAAAGUUUCCAUAUUUACAACUUGUCCAUGUUAAAUAGCAAAAUAGAACACCGAUGACAAUCCGUGCUCUUAAUCCACAAUGCUAAAUUUAUUUCAUAAAAUAAUUCACUUUCAUUUCCGUUAAAUUUGUCAGGAAACCUAAAAGUCAUUUUAUUUAUUUUAUUUUAUUUUGAUCACGUGACUAUAUAUAUAUAUAAACAACCUAGUGCUGGCAACUAGCCUCAUUGCCCAGUCAUUCCAGUAUGAUAUUUUCUUAAAUUACCUCAGUGUGUUUUUGAUUUAAAUUAUUACUAUUUGUAUUGUGCGAUGUGACCAUAUCAAAAAACAUAACAACAUUCGGAUCAAUGUGUUUUUCAGCACCCAUUCAAUGCUUCAUAUCAAAAGUUUACAGGUGUUUUUAUGCAUUGUAGAAUCUAAAUUAAAGUUUACAAGAUAAAACAAAAUUUUGUUUCAUAAGUUUGCGUUAUAGCAAUCAUCCAAUGCAUUCAGAAUCUUAACACCUAGACCACAGAAACAGUAUAUGUAUCUUGCCAUAUCUGAACUUCAGUAAACAUACACACAACAACAUGUGUAUGACAAACAACCGAUAGCGAGAAAACCUAAUAAGGUUAAUAUCGAAGUCCUCGACCUAAUAAGGUAACAGCGGAAACUUUUGAAUUAGUUAGGUAAAAUCUAAACUCUUAUAUAUUAGAAUUAGUAGAUUUGUAUAUUUGAAUAGACUAAGUUAUAUUUUUCAACGUAGUUAUUUAUUGCUUUUAUUUCGGGACUGUAUUAUUUUUGUUUUCUAUUUUCUAUCAUUUUGUACAUAAUUUAACUCAGUGCUUGUCCAAGAAGGGUCAAUAUUUGUGUAAAUUUGCCUAAAAUUUUUUAAGAACUAAGAUAACUACCAAUAAAACCUAUGUUUAAUUAUUAUAUAUUAAAAACAUUUGAUAGAUAAUAUUUUAUUUAUGAAAGAAUUUCAAAAAUGUUUGUUUUUAAACAAUUCGACUUUCAAUGAAAUAAAAAGAAAUCGAUUGGUAUUUCUAAGAUUUUCUGCAAUCCGAGAUGUCCCCCUUUAGCGUGUCCAAUUACUACAAUCCACUAUAUUAGUGUGUAUAUGUAUUGAUGUACAGUCUGUCCAAUAUGUGGUUAAUAUCAAAACCACCUAUACCGGUGAUUUCAUUUGUGACAAAUAUUAUUAUUUUGCUGUAAGUAUGAUCAUGAACGAAUGUGUCAUUUAAUGUAUGGUUGAUUGAACAAAGUAUGUGGCGUCUGCGAUUAACCUCCUAAAGCAAUCUAUCGUUUUAAAUACUUAACUUUACACACACACACACAAAAAGCCAAAAUAUCAAUAAAUGAACAUUAAGCUUCAUCUUUCUAAGAUAUAUUUUAAAAACCAUUCACAAUAACACUUUUUGAAGUAAAGCAGAAAAAUAACAAAUAUAUUAGCCAUGUCUAUUCAUGUCUUUGAAGAAACAAUUGCAAAUCAAUUUCUGUUGUAAUAUCAGGCAUAAUUUUUAGAGGCAAGACAUCACAUUCGCCAAUCACUUUUAUUUGGUACACUGGAAAACGAAAGGAAAGUAAGAUUCGAUGUCGUGCACAGUAUGCUUAUAUAUCAUAUUUGUAGAAAUCGCAUUCUAUUUUAUUUAUUUUCAUGUCAAAAUAAAAGAAAGUACAGAUUUAUAA